UACUCAUUACGUUUGUUUUUCCGCUGAAGUAAAACAUCUCCGUUUAAAAUGGCCAGAACCAAACAAACCGCCCGUAAAUCCACUGGAGGCAAAGCCCCGAGGAAGCAGCUCGCCACCAAGGCUGCCCGCAAGAGCGCCCCGGCCACCGGCGGCGUCAAGAAGCCUCACCGUUACAGGCCCGGCACCGUGGCCCUGCGCGAGAUCCGUCGCUACCAGAAGUCCACGGAGCUGCUCAUCCGCAAGCUGCCCUUCCAGCGCCUGGUGCGCGAGAUCGCGCAGGACUUCAAGACCGACCUGCGCUUCCAGAGCUCCGCUGUCAUGGCCCUGCAGGAGUCCAGCGAGGCCUACCUGGUCGGCCUCUUCGAGGACACCAACCUCUGCGCCAUCCACGCCAAGAGAGUCACCAUCAUGCCCAAAGACAUACAGCUGGCCCGUCGUAUCCGCGGAGAGCGAGCUUAGAUCUCACUAACACUCAACAACACAACACAACAACAACAACAACAACGGCUCUUUUAAGAGCCACACACUUUCUCAUCUGAAUAACACAAACUUCUCAUACUUAUAUAAAAUGUAGUAAUUUUAAAAUCUACGGUUCAAAAACCCAGCAUGUAAUCUAUAAAUCGAUACAAAGUUA